AUGUCGUCUAUCUCAAUUGCAACUCUCCCCCGCAUGGGCCGUGAUGCCCUGGCAGCCCUGCUUGGAACCGAACCAACAAACCUAGCAAUCAUCGAUGUCCGAGACUCAGAUCACAUCGGCGGCCACAUCCGCUCAUCAACUUGGGUCCCCACCUCAACGCUGGACGUGCGCAUGCCUGAGCUUAUCCGCACUCUUCAAGACAAGAAGAUGGUUGUAUUCCAUUGCGCACUCAGCCAGCAGCGUGGGCCAUCUGCUGCGCUGCGCUAUACCCGUCAGCGCGAGAGCACUCUCGGUGUUGAAGAGAGCCAAAAGCAGCAGGUAUUUGUGCUCGAGGGUGGGUUCGUUGAAUGGCAGCAGAAGUAUGGCAAUGACCCUAAACUCACUGAGGCUUACGUUGCGGAUAUCUGGGAGGAGUAUUGA